AUGCUGCUGGCUGUCGCGCUGGCAGAUCCACAUCCAAUAAACCCGAGAUCAUCGACGAGCAUUGUGCAGCAGAGGACGCAAGUCUUUCUUCUUUUGUCUUUGUUUAUCGUGGUACCGGCUAUCUGUGGGAGAGCAACUCCAAGUUCCUUCGGUUUUCCGGCAGUCAGUCGGCCGAUUGCAUCUCGUGCUCUCGACAUGUGA